AUGGCCAAGAACAAGGUGGCGCCGAUGGAGUCGGACCUCGAGAAGGUGAGGCCGACGCCGUCGACAACGUUGACGUCGAGCGGCGCUUCGGAAUUCCAAGGAUGUUGGACGGUCGUCGUCGUCUCCAUCCUGUUCAUCAUCAACCUUCUCAACUAUAUGGACCGAUUCACGAUAGCCGGUUCCCUGGGAGAUCCCAAUAAUGUUCAAAAUUGUUUUCUCAAGGUGUUCUGACGGAUAUCCAGGACUACUACCACAUUUCCGACGCCUGGGGCGGCCUGAUUCAAACGACUUUCAUGAUAUUUUUUAUUAUUUUCUCACCGAUUUGUGGCUUUCUGGGCGAUAGGUACGAGAAAAAUGAAUAAAAUGAGUAGAUAUGAUUUUUAGGUACAACCGUAAAUGGAUUUUCGUUGCUGGAAUCACGAUUUGGGUAGGAGCCGUGUGUGCUUCGACUUUCAUUCCGAGUAAUGUACGGCUUUGACUUUUUCGACUGGUUUCUGAACCUAAAAUGAUAUAGUCCGUUCAGAUUUUGAAUGUCAAGUAGAAUGACGUCAUUCGAAAAAGCUCUUUGGGUGGCUCGCUCUCUGAUUGUUUUAUUGCGCCAUUAAGGGGCGGAGCUUGAGGGAGAACUUGACAUUUGAAAUCGGAAAAGACUAUACUCAAAAGCUCAAAAAAAAACAGAAUAUCCUCCCUCGGCUAGUUUUUCGAGAUACGGUAGCUCAAAGGAUCAUAUACGGUAGCUCAUAGGAUUACGGUAACAAAUAUUCGAAUAUCUAUAUCUCGGCAAAAAAUCAACGAAUCUUAAUCAAACUUUGUCACAAGGUGUAGAAAGAUUUUAUUCAAUAUUUAAAAAAAUCAAACAAAUCUCAUGUUUGCUAGCUAUUGCUCAUACUAGAGAUUUUUAGUUUUUCCAGAAUCGUUCAAAUAAAAUUAGAAUUCAAAAACAUCAGUUUCCCAUUUUUUUAGAAAGAGAAAAAAAUGAAGUUAGAUUUUUGGAUCUUUUUCGGAGGAUUUUCAAGCUCAAUAAGCCCAAUUAAGAUGUUCUGGCUGUUCUUGUUGCUCCGAGGCGUCGUCGGAAUCGGCGAGGCUUCCUAUGCCAUCAUCUCUCCAACUGUUAUUGCUGACAUGUUCACCGGGGUUCUGAGAAGCCGAAUGUUGAUGGUCUUCUACUUUGCGAUCCCUUUUGGAAGGUCUGUGUUCGUCCUAACGAAUAGAAUCUGACCCGGAGUUACAUAGGAGUUCAAGGGGUCUGGGAAAACUCUAGUGGCCACUUUAGUGACUCUUGAAAGAAUUUUUGAAGAGGGCACUAAAGUGGCCACUAAAUAACCUCUGUAAAACUCACUAUUUUCUGUCUUAGUAGCUGGUAGUUCCAGAGGAGUAGUAGUAUCACUUAGAGCUCUAAAUAAGGCCACUUAAGUGACCACUAAUCAGACUACUAUAGGAACUUCAAAACGUCAAAGCCCUAAAGUGACCACUAAAAAUUUUCGCAGAAGGAAUAAUUCGUUAAAAGCGGUAGAUCAAGUUUGAUCCGUAGAGAGUCAGCUUUUUUGGUAUUUUCCGCAAGAAAAUGAGUAUUAAAGUUUGAAAAACAAGCCACCAAUUGUUUUUUCAUCUCGUGAAAGCAACAUUGUUAAAAAUACGUCACAUUUUUCUAGUUUUCUUUCUUGAAUCUCUCAAAAAAGAUCUUCACAUUAUAUUUUUAGUGGCCUCGGUUUCAUCGUGGGCUCCGCAGUAGACAGUCUCACAGGACACUGGCAAUGGGGUGUUCGAGUCACUGGACUCCUUGGUAAGCGAUAUUCGGGUGUCUCGCACAGAAAAAAAGUGAGAAUUCGAUUCGUCUCAACGACCUACCGCAACGCGGCCGCUGCGCCUUUAAUAAACCUUGUUAUUCACGCUUUGAGAGCCUAAAUCUUUGCCGUUCCCAUGACGUCCCGUUGAGCGGUAGAGGACCCACCUGUUUUUUGAUUUUCCAUCCUCUCCCACUAACAAAAAAGCCAUGGUCAAUCAAAAAAGAGAGUUCAAAUUUUCUUCAGGAAUCAUCUGUUUGAUCCUGAUCAUCGCAUUCAUCCGUGAUCCGGAACGAGGAAAAGCUGAGCGAGAUCGGGGCGAAAUUACGGCCAGCGUCGACGCCACCAACUAUUGGGAGGACCUCAAGGAUCUCUGCACCAAGUUUGUCGAUUUCUCGUUAAUUCAUCCAUGUAAUGGAUCACCUAGAACUUGAUAAAAAAAUGAAAAAUCAAAAAAAUAGAAAAAUUUGAGUUCAAUUUAACAAAAAGGGGUCAGAAUAAUGUAGAGAAGGGUCGGCAGAAAUAUGAAACAAGAGCAAAAAUAAAAACUGAAAUAAGAGAGUAAAAAUUGAUGAAAAAGGGAUUUGAGACGACUUAAAUUAAGCUUUUUGUAGUUUUGAAGCUUUUUUUGAAGAAUAUAGUCUGUUAAAAUUUUGAAAGUCAAGUCGUCGCUCAAGCUCCGCCCCUAUUGCCACAAUAAACCAAUCAGAAAUCGAGCCAACCACAGAGCGUUUUGCAAUGACGUCAUUGUUAUUGAUUUUCAAAAUCUGAACAAACUAUAAAAUAACCUCGGACAUUGAUAACACGUAUCGAAAGUUUUUGACCACUUUAGUAGAGUCAGCACUCUUAAGUGAUCCCUAGAAUUGCUCAAGAAAUGUAGGGACAACCUUAGAAGCCCUUGGAGGGUUGCGCAAUACUUUACCAACCUCUACAGGGGCCACUAAAAGCUUUGCAAAAAGUGGUCCCUAUAGGGACAUGCUAGUCGAUAAUUGUUAUGAACUCUAAGAGAAUGAGCAUUUCCAUGAGAAAAGCUGAAUAAAUGAAAUUGAGAGAUCCCUAUAGGGUCCACUUGAGCUUCAGGGGCUAAGGGGUCAGCCACUAAAUCCCUAUAGUGACCAUAAAUUUUAUCUUAACUUUAUCCCUAUAGGGACGACUCUGAAAUUUAUAAGUUACGAAAGACUCUUAGAAGAUUUUUGAGCCAUUUUCCCCACCAAAACUAAGUGAAUUUUUGUAUCUAGACACUAUUCAAGAGAAUAUUCCAGUGCCACGUAUAUCACAUCGACCUUUGGCUACACGGCAACCGUCUUCAUGGUUGGAACUUUGGCCUGGUGGGUCCCGACGGCGAUUUUGCACGCCGAAGCUUGGAAAAAAGGUCUCAACAGCACGGACGACCUCCCGAACAGCGAGAAAGCUCAGUAAGUUUAGGGAGUACUACUUUUUUCAGAGCAGAAACGGUAUUUAUUUCAAAACGACUUUGAAAGGUUCAUUUAACGGUACAUGAACAGUAGAAAAAAUGGGGUUUGAGAUAAAUAUGCCGUUUUUUUAUUGCAUGUCCAACGGUGUACUUGAAAACGUACAGAAAUUCCUAGUUAUUGAGAAAAAAAUUAGUCAAAAUCGGUGCGUGGUUCGAAUUCCCGUUGAAAGCGCGUUUUGCAGUAAAUUUGCUCUAUGGAUAAACUUACUCUAACUCGGUCAUGGUAACGCGAAACUAAGCGUUUCGAGAGUGGUCCCUAUAGGGGUUAGAGGGGAAAACAACCUCUAUCGGGGUCGAAAAAGUGGCCCCCCUAGGGGUAAAAUUAAGGUGCUUUCUAUAGGGGUUGAGGGUCUGACCCCUUAGCCCCUCAAGCUUGAGUGGUCCCUAUAGGGGUUUAUCGACUAGCAUGUCCCCUAUAGGGGCCACUAACGGAAAACCCUAAACGGACCACUUUUGCUAGCUUUUGCUGACCCUGUAAGGGUUGGUAAAGUGGUCCCUAAUGGGGACCCUUCGAGGACCACGAAGGUUGCCUAUAGGGACCACCUUGAAAUUCAUGAAAAAAAUGAAGGAGAAACGUUAUUUUUUUCCAAUAAAUUUGGUAGUCUACUUUUUUUCCACUGUAAAGCGAAUUUUUCGAAUUUUCACCAUCUGAAGUUGAAAUUAAUGUCGAUUUUAUAAAAAGUAGGCUGAAAGUCUCCUAAUCCAAGUGUAUUUUUUUCACUUUUAUUUAAGAAAAAUCGAUAAAAUUCAUUGAUUUUCAGAGUGAACUUGGUUUUUUUGGCGCCAUCACCUGUGUCGGCGGCAUUGCAGGUGUGGCCGUUGGAACAAUUUUCUCUAAUGUUGGUUUCCUCACAAGAUGAUUUUCGAACUUAGCUUGGAGAAAAAGACGAUUUUCGACGUUCAGAUGUGGUCCCGAGGCGUCGGACCCUUCAAACACAUCCAAACGAAACGGGCCGACGCCCUGGUCUGCGCCAUCGGAGCCUUCAUUUCCAUUCCAACCCUCAUUUUUGCGAUCCUCCACUUGUCGGACUCCAACAUGACUUUUUGCUGGGUACUUUUCCAGCUCUAGAAAAAAAUUCAUUUCGGUUCAGAUCAUGCUGUUCUUGUGCGUCCUGGCCAGCAGUUUCAACUGGGCCACCAAUGUUGAUUUGCUCUUGGUAUUCAAUAGUGUUGAGAAUCGGAACAUAGGAAAUUUUUCAGUCCGUGGUGAUCCCUCAACGGAGAAGCUCGGCCAGUUCGUAUCAAAUUCUGAUUUCUCACCUGUGUGGCGAUGCUUCAGGACCGUAUAUCCUCGGAUUGGUUCGUGGUACAUUCUCUCAAUCUUUAAUCGCAGUUUCAGUUCAAUUUGAGACAAAAAGAAACAUUUUUUGAAUUAAUAAUGUUUUUUUCUUCCUUCUACAAGUGCCAUUGUUAUCCAGAUGAGACUGGGUUUUUGGAAUUCAAUUUCAGACUUUUUGAAAAAAAAAUGAGGAGGAAGUUUGCUAUGAGGCUCGUGUCUUCACAUGGACCUCAACUUAUUUUAUUUUAGCCAAGGCGAUUUAUUUUCUUUGAAUUAUAUCUGAAGAUUUCAGACCGGAUAUAUUAUUUCUUUAUUUUUGCUCGGGUUCUCCCGUCUUCGAAGCUUUUAGGUUAGGGAGAAAAGCUUCUGAAAUUAAAAAAUCUUCGAUUAUUUGUUGGCUUCUGAAGGCUUUUCCAAACCUUUGAACACAACGCUCAUUGGUGUACCAGAAAAAUAUCCUGAAACUCUCAUCCUGCACGACUUCCUAGUUGUCGAGAAAAGAAACCUUGAAAUCAGUGAAAAUAGGCUAUUUUGCUGCCUUGAGCCGUCAAUUCUCGAAAAUUAGAAUUUUGUGCAGGUUGGGAGCCUUAGGAUCGAAUUCUGGUGCAUAAAUGAAUUUUCGGGAUUUCUCAACAGCAAAGUCAACUGACCUUCCUUGUCAGAUAUCCAGAAAUAUUAGGUUGUCCGGUCCGAAAUGAACGGUUUCUUGGUACUUCAUUUCGCUCUGGAAAGGUGGUAAAAAUACAAAACAGUGUAUUCCAAGUGAAAGUAGGAUCUGUCACCAACAAACCAGUUGAAAAUGGGGUAUCUGGAAGUGAUAAAACCGCCGGAAAAAUAAGCCUUUUUGUGGAGUCUUGUGCGCUCCAUGGACAAACUUCUCAGAAAAUGCAAUAAAAACGAUUUUUCUGUAUUUUUCGGCCAUUUUUUUCCGUGGAGCACACGUGUGUCUAAAUUUCGAGGCCUCUUUUCAAGAAAAUGGUAGAAAUACAAAAAGGUAUUUUCCACGUGAAAGUGGGAUCUGUCACCAACGUCUAUGCUGACCUCUUCAAAUCCAAAAAUAUGUGAAUCGUCAAACUCAACGCUCAUUUCUAACCGCCCAGACUCGAGUCUUUUUAAGAUUUCCGACGCGAUCCGAGGCGACGACAACACUCCCUACGGUCACUACCACUCCUUGGUGACGUCAUUCUAUCUCUGCGUGGCGAUGUUGGUCAUCUCCGUCAUUUUGUUCCUGGCGGCCGCCUACACCAUUGUCGCAGAUCAACGGAAGUUUGCCGAAAUGAUGGGUUAG